UCUGCCAGCCCUGGAGAAUUCAUCCUCUUUCGGGGAAGCCCAGGCUAGACCGCUCCCUUGGACUCGCUCUCUUUUUCCGCCUUAGCAGGUGUGCUGCCUGCCCGGGCCCCACGAGCUCUUGCCGUCCAACUUCACUUUCGCUUUCGGUGCCGGGCGGCAGAAUGGCGGUGGUGGUGAAGGUAAUUUGAGCAAGAAGAUGGUGUCUCUGCUCCUCAAAUAGUCAACUUGCAAGCAUGCCUUCUCUUCUUUCCCUAGUAUUGACUUUUUUAGCUGUGUCAUCUUCUUGGUGUCAAAAUAGUGAAAAAGUAUUUCCAAAUGCUAGUAAUGGGGCCCCAUUCCCUUGGAAUAACAUGAGACUUCCUGAGUAUAUCACCCCAAUUCAUUAUGACCUCAUGAUCCAUGCAAACCUCAGCACUCUGACUUUUUGGGGGAAAACAGAAGUAGAAAUCACAGCUAGCCAGCCCACCAGCACCAUUAUCAUGCAUAGUUACCAGCUGCAAAUAUCUAAGGCCACUCUCAGGAGAGGAGCUGGAGAGAUGCUGUCUGAAGAACCACUGAAGGUCCUGGAAUAUUCUGCUCAUGAGCAAGUUGCACUGCUGGCUGCCCAGCCACUCCUUACAGGAUCUCUGUACACAGUUAUCAUCAGCUAUGCUGCCAACCUGUCUGAGAGCUUUCAUGGAUUCUAUAAAAGCACCUACAGAACACAGAAAGGAGAAAUGAGGACACUUGCAGCAACACAAUUUGAACCCACAGCUGCCAGGAUGGCUUUUCCCUGCUUUGAUGAACCUGCUCUCAAGGCAAGCUUCUCCAUCAAGAUAAGGAGGGAUCCAAGGCACUUGGCCAUCUCCAACAUGCCCUUGGUGAAAUCUGUGACUGUUGCUGAAGGCCUCAUAGAAGAUCAUUUUGAUAUCACUAUGAAGAUGAGCACCUACCUAGUGGCCUUCAUCAUUUCUGAUUUUAAGUCUGUGAGCAAGAUGACUAAGAGUGGAGUCAAGGUCUCUGUGUAUGCUGUGCCAGACAAGAUAAAGCAAGCCGAUUAUGCUCUGGAUGCUGCAGUGACUCUUCUAGAGUUUUAUGAGGAUUAUUUCAGCAUUCCAUAUCCUUUACCCAAGCAAGACCUUGCUGCAAUUCCAGACUUUCAGUCUGGUGCUAUGGAAAACUGGGGCCUGACCACCUACAGAGAAUCCUCUCUGUUAUAUGAUAAAGAAAAGUCUUCUGCAUCGAGUAAGCUUGGCAUCACAAUGACUGUGUCCCACGAACUGGCUCACCAGUGGUUUGGAAACCUGGUCACCAUGGAAUGGUGGAAUGAUCUUUGGCUCAAUGAAGGAUUUGCCAAAUUUAUGGAGUUUGUGUCUGUCACUGUGACCCAUCCUGAACUAAAAGUUGAAGAAUAUUUCUUUGGCAAGUGUUUUAAUGCAAUGGAAGUUGAUGCAUUAAACUCCUCUCAUCCUAUAUCCACACCUGUGGAGAAUCCUGCACAAAUUCGGGAGAUGUUUGAUGAAGUUUCUUAUGAAAAGGGCGCUUGUAUUUUGAAUAUGCUAAGAGAUUAUCUGAGUGCAGAUACAUUUAAAAGAGGAAUUGUACAGUACCUCCAAAAGUAUAGUUAUAAAAACACGAAAAACGAAGACCUGUGGAAUAGCAUGAUGCAUAUUUGCUCCACAGAUGGUACAGAAACAACGGAUGGCUUUUGCUCUAAAAGACAAUACCCAUCAACCUCACACUGGCAUCAGGAAGUUGUGGAUGUAAAGACCAUGAUGAACACAUGGACACUGCAGAAGGGCUUUCCUCUGAUAACCGUCACUGUGAGAGGGCGGAAUGUGCACAUGAAGCAAGAACACUACAUGAAGGGUUCUGAGCGCUUCCCAGAGACUGGGUAUCUGUGGCAUGUUCCACUGACAUUCAUUACUAGCAAAUCAGACUCAGUCCAGAGAUUUUUGUUGAAGGCAAAGACAGAUGUGAUCAUCCUCCCAGAAGCAGUGCAGUGGCUCAAAUUUAAUGUGGGAAUGAAUGGCUAUUACAUUGUGCAUUACGAGGAUGAUGGAUGGACUUCCCUGAGUGGCCUUUUAAAAGAAGCACACACAACAAUCAGCAGUAAUGAUCGGGCAAGUCUCAUCAACAAUGCAUUUCAGCUGGUCAGCAUUGAAAAGUUAUCAAUUGAAAAAGCCCUGGAUUUAACCCUGUACUUGAAAAAUGAAACUGAAAUUAUGCCCAUAUUCCAAGGUUUGAAUGAACUGAUACCUAUGUAUAAGCUAAUGGAGAAAAGAGAUAUGAUUGAGGUGGAAACUCAAUUUAAGGACUUCCUCCUCAGGCUGCUGAAGGACCUUAUUGAUAAGCAGACGUGGACAGAUGAAGGCUCUAUCUCAGAGAGGCUGCUCAGGAGCCAGCUCCUCCUCCUUGCAUGUGUGCGCAGGUAUCAGCCCUGUGUGCAGAGGGCAGAGCGCUACUUCAGAGAGUGGAAGUCAUCUAAUGGAAACAUGAGCCUCCCUAUUGAUGUGACCUUGGCAGUGUUUGCUGUCGGGGCCCAGAACACAGAAGGCUGGGAUUUUCUUUAUAGUAAAUAUCAUUCUUCAUUGUCUAGUACGGAGAAAAGCCAAAUUGAAUUUUCCCUCUGUACCAGUCAAGACCCAGAGAAACUUCAGUGGCUUCUUGACCAAAGUUUUAAGGGAGAGAUAAUAAAAACUCAGGAAUUUCCACAUAUUCUCGUACUCAUUGGCAGAAACUCAGUGGGUUAUCCAUUGGCCUGGAAGUUUCUGAGGGAAAAUUGGAAUAAGCUUAUACAGAAGUUUGAGCUUGGCUCAUCAUCCAUAGCUUACAUGGUAAUGGGAACAACAGACCAGUUUUCCACCAGAGCACAUCUUGAGGAGGUAAAAGCAUUCUUCAGCUCCUUGAAAGAAAAUGGUUCUCAGCUCCGUUGUGUUCAACAAACCAUUGAGACAAUUGAAGAAAAUAUACGAUGGAUGGAUAAGAAUUUUGAUAAAAUAAGGCUAUGGCUGCAAAAAGAAAAGCAGAAGUUGCUGUGACAAUUUGUUUCUUGCCAAGGUUCUGAAUUUAUAAUAAGCAAAAUUUGUUCAAUUUGAGUAUUUGCAAACUAAAGAUAGUUGUUUUGGCUACUA